CAUAAUGCGGCUAUAAAAGAGGAAGACUGGUUUACACCACAACAGUAGAUCUUACAGCAAGUGUCGGAGCAGUGUCCAUUGUGAUUCGGAAGCACUCGACAAAUUCUAACAAUAAGAUGAAGGGAGUAAUAACGCUUUGUACAAUAUUACUAUUGUCCAGCCUUGGACAUAGUAAAUCUAAUGUGAAAUGGUGGCAGAAAAUGUCACUUUAUCAAGUUUAUCCCAGAAGCUUUAAAGAUAGUAAUGGGGAUGGCGAAGGAGAUCUUAAUGGUAUCAAGAGUAAACUAAGUCAUUUGGUAGAAUCGAAUGUUAAUGCCUUUUGGAUAUCUCCGAUGUAUCCUAGCCCGAUGAUCGACUCUGGCUAUGACAUUUCCGACUUCCGCAACGUUGACAAAAGAUUUGGCACUAUGAAGGAUUUUGAAGACCUCGUAAAAGCGACUCAUGACUUAGGAUUGAAAAUUAUUCUGGAUUUUGUUCCUAAUCACUCCUCUGAUCAGCACGAAUGGUUUCAAAAGAGCUUACAGAGCAUAGAACCCUACACCGACUAUUACGUAUGGCAUAAAGGCCAGGUAUUGCCUAACGGAACAGUUACAAAGCCGAAUAAUUGGGUGAGCGUGUUCGGCAAUGCAGCAUGGACCUGGCGUGAAGAACGACAAGCGUAUUAUCUUCAUCAAUUCGUAGUGGAGCAACCCGACCUCAACUAUGAGAACGAGAACGUAGUGAGCGAGAUGAAGGACGUCCUGAGAUUUUGGCUCGACAGGGUGGACGGAUUCCGGAUAGACGCGAUACCACAUCUGUGCGAGGACGUCAGAUUCUUGGACGAACCACUCACGGGUAAUCCGAAUCCCGACGAUUACGGUUACACGGAGAAGAUAUAUACCAAAGAUCAGGAUCACACCUAUGACAUUGUCAAAGGAUGGCGAGAAGUGACGGACGAGUAUCAGGACAAAGUUAUAAUGAUGGAGGCUUACGCGAACAUGACGAUGACAAUGAAGUAUUACAUAUACGGGGCGCACUUUCCCUUCAAUUUCGGUCUGCUUAGCCAGACGAAUAACGAUUCUACAGCGGCCGAUUUUAAGAGUGUGAUCGAUGACUGGAUGCUAAACAUGCCGUUUGUCCACGGUACCGCAAACUGGGUGGCUGGGAAUCACGACAACUCCAGAUUGGUGACGCGUUACGGACGGGAACGAGCGCAAGUCGUAACGAUGAUGACUCUACUGCUUCCGGACGUAAGUGUGACUUACAACGGCGACGAAAUUGGCAUGGAGAAUACAUGGAUCUCGUGGGAAGAUACCAAAGAUCCGCAAGGUUGCAACGCCGGCAAGGAAGGUUACGAGAAGGCAUCUCGAGAUCCUGUAAGGACGCCAUUCCAGUGGGACAAUACCACUUCGGCUGGAUUCUCUACGAACCCAAAUACGUGGUUACCGGUUAACGAAAACUACAGAACGCUUAAUUUGGCCGCGCAAAAGCAACAGGACGACUCGUAUUAUGCUCUAUAUAAAGCAGUUUCUGAUCUACGAAAAUCUGUGGCUGUUAAUCAGGGUACCUUGACCACAAAAUUAUUAGGCAAUAAUGUUCUUGCUUUUGCCAGAAAAAGUGACAAAAAUGGAGUUUACGUAGCGAUAAACUUUGGAAAUGAAGAUGAAACUGUCGAUUUCUCGUCACUCGUGAAGGGAUCUCAAAUGAACGUUUACUAUGCCACUACGAAUGCUCAUAAUUUAAUUGGGUCUAUUGCAAAUGUUCAUGCCUUGAAAAUCCCCGCAUUGGCAGCUGUGGUAUAUAUAUUUAACGAUGCGUAAAACCGUGUGAAAAGCUAAGGAAACGAACGAGGUACUAUACUUUCAAUGUUAUUUCCAUAAUUUACUAAGCGAAGAGAAGAGAUUCAGUCAUACAAUGAUUCUCUCUACUCUCCAUCUUACCUUACUAUUUCUAUAUGCACAUAACAUUGCUGUUUUAUUUAUUCACGCUUUACAUAUUUUAUCAACUAAAUUUACCUACAACACAGAAUACUACGCUCAUAGAAAUAAAUGAUAACGGCUCAUUGUCAUAGAUAAAGAUGAAGUGUUAUGUUAGAGAAAGCAAUAGAUGGAAUAUUAAGAACGUUAAAAUGUAAUUAAUAAUAACUUUUUUUUCAACUGUUCGCAAUAAUUACAAUUGUAAAUAUUACAUUUUUCCGUGAAUGUAAAAAUUGAGGAAAACAAAAUAAAA